CUUGAGGUCGUUUUCAUAUCCAUGAAUGUUUUCUUUUUCUUGUUGAAUGCACUUUCCUUAUUAUAUAAUGUGUGACAUAACAGAAGGCUCAACUGUUUUCACUCUUUUCUUUGUGAGGUAUGAUCUUAUCGGGUAAGAUACUGGGAUGUGGGAUCUAAUGGCAGCUGCGCUGCAUCUUACUCUCCCCCACAACUCAGCUUUGUCAUGAAUAUGCAUCAUCAACUCGACCAUCAUCAAAUAGAUUUGCUUGUUACAUUGGGUGAUAUUUGAUUGCUCUAUUCUUUACUCACCACUCUUACCCAAAUCUGCAACCAAACUUCGAAUGAGAAAGACGAAGCUGUUUCUUCACCCCCGCCCCUUCCCCUUCCUCGCUCUCAGCUGCUCUAUCCCCUACAUGGCUUCUCUGUUCAAUUUUUUUUGAUCGUAUCAGUUUUCUGCCAUCUUUGUCACACAUCUGUUGGUAGAUCGCAUACUUACAGUCAACCGAUUUGUUGAUGCUCUUUGUAUUGCUUGUGAAAAGGUGUUAGCUUAGUCUUUUGUGAUCAUGAUUUGGUUUUCCCACUUACGCUUGUCUUCUCCUCAGUCAUACAUACUAAUGAUAUUGCCUUCUCUUUUAAAGUGCUCUGCUUUGGCUGCAACAUCCUUUCAUGUGAAUGACAUCAUGCCUUUCUCUUUUAAUCUGCUCCUAUUUGACCGCAACAUCCUUUUUUGUGAAUGCUUUUCUAAAAUUUGGUUUUGACUUCUGAGGCAAUUUGGUUCAAAGGCUUACUUGCAUCUAACUUUACAUGAAAGGGAAAUGUAGCCGGGUCUGAAAUCGAAUUUGUGGGUGUACAAGUCUUAAGUCAAUGUCAACGAUGAACAUCUACAUAUCCACAAAUAACAACGGUAGAUCUUUGAUCUGGCCCAUCUGAUAAGAGAAGCUAAUCUACCCAAACCACUCAACUAGUCAAACAUUACAUACGGUGACUUGUAGACGUAGUCAAGAAGUCAAGAAGUCAACGUCAAUGAAGGACGACCAUUAAAUUACUAGAGUACUAUUAGCAAAUUACAUGUUCUACUACACAUACAGAAUCUGUGAUCGACAAAUGGAGAGAAAGAGUAAAGAGAAGCUAAGUGUCAUCGAACUACUAAAACGAGCUGUGAAGCUACUCUUUGGUAACAUCAAUCUCGCUCUCUUCCUCUUCCUCUGCUCUCUCCCGUUGUUUUGUUUCUUGAUCUUCUUCGAGCUCUCCCUCCAAACCACUGUCUCACUCGCUUCUCGAUACCUCUAUAAGCUAGUCAAUUCUGAGGAGGACUUGUCGGAGAAUGAUCUUAUUCCAUGGUUGAUUCACACAUCUCUGCUAUACUUCAUUCCCUACACCUUUCUUGACCUCUUUACCACCACCACAAUCGUUGCAGCAUCUUCGAUUAUUUACACGUCUCAGGAAGAAUCAUUGGGACUGCUUCAUUUGGUACGGAGAUCUGUCAAAAUAUGUCAGAACAGAAUAGGAGAUUGUCUCAUCACAUCUCUCUAUGUCCUUGUCUUGUCAACCUCUGUUUUGUUCGGUUUUUUAUCUGGUUCGACCGUCUACUUAUUGAUUGUGUCAAUCAAGAACCAAAUAUUCCUUAAAGUAGCAGUGGGGACUGUGGAGUUGGCAGUCUUGUUCGAUGUGGUGGUGGUUCUGAUUCACGGAACUGUCUUCAUAGUUCUGGCCACAAAGUUUUGCAAAUGGAGCGCGGGAUGGAACAUUAGUAUGGUUGUUUCGGUCUUAGAGGAGGAUGAAGAUGGUAAAGGCAUCUACGGAAGUAAUGCUCUGUCACUUUCUGCUUGGUACGUAAGAGGACAAGAGAAGCGUGACCUAUGGAUGAUGCUAUUGUUCUUCGUCGGCGCUUUCCUGACGAGGAUGCCAUGUAUAUACUUCAAAUGCAGUGAGAGUCUUAAUGGGAACGGAGUGUUGUACACUGGUCUCUAUGUGGGUUUGAUUUGUAUCGGGAAUGUGGUUAAAUGGGUGUCUUGUGUUGUUUGUUAUCAUGAUUGUAACACAAGGGUUUUGAGGAAAAAGGGUGAUGUGGAGAUUGGAUCAAAAGCUAAGGCUUUUGUUGCUACAUAGAGAACUUGUUUUGUGACCAAAAUCUUAAUAUCAAUCAUGUUUUUUGCUCACUUU